UAUAUGUAUAUAUAUGUAUAUAUAUAUGUGUAUAUGUGAUUAAAACCACUCCCCACACAUUAUGCACAUACAUACUGUCAUGCAUCAAACUGAUUGGUUUACAUGUUUUCAAGUUCCCACUAAGAAGUACUUCUUGUUACAUAAGGCUAUCUCUGUAGGGAUUCUCUUUACAUAUACAUGUACUGCACAUACACAUACAGUACUGUAGGUCUCCUUGGAGACACCGUCCAGCUCCCAACAUGCACACUAUCACUUCAUGACUGUGUGUUUACUUUAUUGAGUAUUCCUCCCAGCAGCACUGUGAGUGUACGCUGUUUAUUGUUCCACGUUUUCCAUCAUCUGUACAGACUGUUUAGCGUCACUCGAGCUAUUUGCGCUCAUGUAACUCAAGUGUAUUUGGAUGCCGUCCAGGCAUUGUCCUUCACACGGCGGCCAGGCGCCUUUUCACGGAGGUUAAUGUUGUUUCUCUGGCGGUUGCAGGAAGGAUUACGAAGAGCUAUUUGACGUCAUCAUCACGAACGCCUUGAAGCCCGGUUUCUUCUCCUUGGUGCCCCAGCAGAGGCCCUUCAGGACCCUUGUGAACGACGUGGAGGAGAGCGAGGGGCUGCCGUCGCUGGACAAACCCGGCUGGUACUCCCAGGGCAACUGGCCGCACCUCCACGAGCUGGUCAAGACCAUGACUGGCAAGCCGGAGCCCAAGGUAGUGUAUUUUGGAGAUAGCAUGAGGUCGGACAUGUUCCCUGCCAGCAGCUUUGGGAAGUGGGAGACGGUGAUGAUCGUAGAGGAAAUGGAGGGGGAGGGCGUCUCGAAGAGUGACGCGGCAAUGUCCAACGAGGCCCAAGUGGAGCCGCUGGAGAAAAAGGGAAAGUUUGAGGAGCAGGGCAUGAAGUCGCCCUCCGAUGUGUCCAAGCAGUGGGGCUCCUACUUCGUCGACGUACAUAGAAGCGGAGGAGGGGACGAGGAGAGCCAGAAACUGACCUGGUGCUGCCACAGCAUUCACAAAUACAGCACCAUGGCCAUCCCUAGUGUCGAGCACAUAGCAGAUCUCCCUCUGGAUUACAAGUUCCCCAGGUUUUCUCCCGACAAGCCCUGCACCACCGGCUACUACCCCAGGCCCCCGGAUUCUUUGCUGAAGAGGUGUGAGAGUCUGUCAUAAAAAAAGGAGAAAAAAGAAAGAGAAAAAAAAAGGGAAAAAGUCAAAAAAGAAAAGAAAAAGUCCCCCCUUUGCCUCAGGAGAGGAAUGUGCCUCCAUUUUUUGCCUGUAGUUUCCCACCUGACCCCGCCGCCAUCUGUGGAGCACAGGAAGCAUACACUCCUCACCCAUUCAGAGAAACCAUGUGAAUGUAAGCCACAGUAUCUCUCUGUAAUAACGCCUACAUUUCAACGUUGUUUCGUGGUUUAGUGUACCGUACACGUGGAAAUAUGACAAAGUAACUGUGUGCGUGUAUGUGUGUGUGUGUCUGCAUACAGUAAUAACAGGAAAUGUAGUGCUUUUUUAAUUGUUUCAUGCGUGAGGCCCUUAUUAUUUUCUAUGGUAGAUUGUUUUAAAAAUCUGAAUUCUUUGAAUUUUUUCAAAAUAAAGUGAACAUUUUACUGUCUGUUUAUCCCUGAAGGGAUUACCUCAAGAGCGUUCUCUACUGUAAGCAGGACCCAGAUGGUCACAGUGUGUUUGUCCCUGAAAAUCCUUUGGAGUCAUUGUGUCAGUAGUUAUUGUGAGGUCUUCCUUUUUCUUUUUUUUUUUUUUAUAUUGUUUUACUGUAAUGCAUUUUAGUAACCUUAACAUUAGGUUUAAGGUGUACUGUUUCCCCUGUGUCAGUUUCGUAGAAGGUGUUAAUCUUAAUCAGGUCAUUGUUGCCAAAGAACUGGCACAAUGCUGUCCUUUGUGUUGGCUGUCUCAAAAAACACAACUUUGGGAAACACUUACUAAUAAUUACAAUAAUAGUGGAUGAUGAAGACUAUGCUAGAUGUUCUCUAUUAUUCUUUGGUGCAACGGUGACAUGUGCUCUUUGAGUGAUUGUGUAAAAAACGUGGACUACUUUGUGCUUCAUUCAUCUGCAGUACCAGACUGAGAUAUGCUUUACCGACUUCUGAAUGGUUAUUUUGUCGGUGUGCGUAGACAAGUUGUGCCAUAAUAUUUAAGAAACACUCUGUGGAAGUUUGCUCGUUUCUCUCUCGUGUCACCCAAGAUUGAUUUUAUUUUUUAUCUCUGUGCAUCCGGGAAGUGUUUAGCCUAGCUUAGCAUUAAGACUGGACCGCUUUUAGCCUCAGUCCAAUGUGGGAAAAUACAACGUGCAACAACUCCAAAACUCGUGUACGGUCGCAUCAUUGGGUCUAUUCUGAUCAAGUAUGAACAUACGCCGGUCAUGUCUGGUCUGUUAUUGUGAAAAUGAAUUCCUACACAUCAAGUUUGGGCAGGUUUGCUAUGGUUCUGUUCUGGGCCCCAAAAUGAUCCAUUACGAUUCUGGCAACAGAGGACAUUUGAGGUGCUACAUGCUAGCGCUGUCACUUUUUCUAAAAGUCAAAAUUCGAACGAAUGACGACUAAGUAAUUAUUUUUGAAUAAUCUGAACAAAUCGGCAAACUGCUUUAACUUGUCAUCUGUUUAGCACACAGCUAGUUUACUCAAUUCUGCGUUAGCAAAGGAAACAGCGAUAGCCUAGUUUGCUAACGGGGCAGGCAAUAGAACAGCGUGACCAUGCAUUCUACCAACACCCGCCACUCGAGUGAAAGUUAGGUCUGUUGCGCUUCAGCGCUGUGAAUUUUCCAGUUACUGGCUUUUAUUCCUUCUCUUUUUUUAAUAAAAAGCCUCAGCCCUACUGCCUACGAUCACUGCACCUAGCUGUUGGUCUCAAAUGAGCUCAUUUUAAAUUAAUAAAAAAAGGGUGUCAAAGACGACGCUUGGGCAGUGGCCCUUUGUGUCUUGACACCGGCGCACAAGGCACCCUUUAGAGUGUAUUAGACGCACCAGACUUUGAACUGACAAACUCAUUCGCAUCAUUAAUAGAUGCUCAGAGCAACUGACGUAAUAUUAGUGUGUCACGGGAGUUCACGGUUAGGACCCAAUAGCAAGACCACAGGAG